UGACAACCGGAAGAUCACAGAGAUAUAUCCCUUUCCUUUUUGCUACUGGCCUCUAAAGUACAAGUUGAAUUAUUCAAUUUGUUGACAAAAAGUUCAAUAUGCCGCGUGAAAUCAAAGAAGUUAAGGAUUUUUUGAACAAGGCUCGCCGCACCGAUGCCCGUGCUGUCAAAAUAAAGAAGAACCCUACAAACACCAAGUUCAAGAUUCGUUGCUCACGUUUUCUUUACACACUUGUGGUACAAGACAAAGAGAAGGCAGAUAAAAUCAAGCAAUCGUUACCACCAGGCCUGCAAGUGAAGGAAGUUAAAUAAAUCUGCUGCUGCUAUGAGACGUGUGUUGAUGUACUUGAUUUCUUGGGCACUAUCUUUCAAUAUGUUCGUUAUGGAAUAAAACAAAUGGACAUAAUU